CUAAACUCUAAAGCCAGACAUAUGCAGUAUCCAAAUCGAGAGAUUAAUGUGAUUAGUAGGAGGGAUGGAUGAGAUACGCAAGAUUGCUGCGGCCUAUUUCCAGAGGAAUUUUAAUCAGUGUUCAGAUAGAGAGACGGCAGAAAAAAUAAAACAAUUACUUGAGGAAGACAUACAACUGAGCCUUGAUGUGUGCUUGAAAUUUACGAGAGAAAACGCCAUGUGUGCGUAUAUAGUUCGAAGUGGUAGACCAUUUUGCGACGCCUGUGGAGUUUUUAUCAAGGGGGCCCACUUUUGUUGUGACAAGUGCUGGUUGGACACACAGAAUGGUAGCAGCGUAUUCAAUAUUUGUCCCGAGUGUUACGGUACCGGAAACUAUGCUCUUGAACACCCCAUCGUCUUUGACAACUAUUCGUUGUUAAAAUUCAUGAAGGAAAAGUUUGUGACAGAAACAGAGUCUGAUGAGUUUAAGGAAUAUACAUGUAUGUGUGUGAAGGAGUCCGAUGAAAGCACUUCCACAUCCCAGGAGCCUAUCGUCCUGGCAUCUAUGGCUGGUAAUUGUUACAAGGAGACUUGUCCCAUAUCGGAACCGGAUGAGAAAGUGAUUGAGUAUAAAUGGAUACAAGAAGUGCUCAAGAUGAAAGAGAAAAAUCUUAAAGUGCUGGAGGACAAGAACCAGGAACUGAAGGACGAGAACAAGGAACUGAAGGACGAGAUCAAGGAGCUGGAGAGCAUGCUGAAUAAAUGGAAUUCUGCUUACAGAGCUUUGGAGUUUGCAGCCAAUGUUGUGAAUGCGGCCUCCAACCGAUGCCAGCAUUAUGUGACAAGUUCAAUUUCCACACAUGCAAGACUUUCAUGUUUCAAGAUCGAUUUAGCCAAAUAGACAAAUACAAGAUACAAUACGUGUAUACGGAUGGAUACAGGAUCAUAUAUAAAACUUUUGUGUCUUAUUUAACGUUUGUUGAGUGUUAUAUAGUUUUUGAUGUAUUUUUAAUAUGAUUCUUGAAUUUA